UGCCGAACGACCUGACGGACACACGUGUGGCGCGGUGGUUGAAAAAAAUAUAUCCAAGAAUUAUACAAAAGAACUGAAUGAGUAUCGAAAUCCCAAAACCGAAACCAAAAUUAAAAUUUCGUUUUUUUGGAAAAAUAAACAGCCAGUCGGAAGCAAAAGGCAGGCAGGCGGCAGCAGCAACUCCCCCAAAUAAUUAGAGUUGAGAAAGUGUGAAAAACUGUACGCAGCCGGCAAAUACUAGGUAAUACUUCGGAGUGCGGCGUGUCUGUGCAGUGUGAUACCUUUUCGUGAUCUAUAUAACUUGGAGCAACGUAUGGCAAGUGGCCGGCCGGCCGGCCCACAAAGAGAAUAUAUACCUAAAUGCUUGGCGGCGCCGUUUCAUCUGCAUCGGGCGAACCCUUAAAACAUUAAGCUGCCCCGAUGGAUGGAUCGGCGGUAUAAAGAAACACCGUCGCCAGUGUUUCGCUGGCCACAGCAACUACGUCGACAAACCAAAUCGAAAUCGAAAACGAAAACGAAACCCGUUUCGUUGCAUUUUGAUACGGAGAGACGGAUCGUCGGUGGGGAUACUCUCGGAUCCGAUCGGAUCGCCUUUUGAUCUACAGACAACAACAGAUCCCGCUGCUGUUGGCUUUCCAAGGAAACCCAAAGGAAAAUAUCUGAAAAACGCACAUCGCAGCUUAAAAAAAUAAAUCAUUGUUUGGAAUAACAAAGCCAGAAGCCAGAAACGUUUGAAGUGCCAAAGUGAAACAAAAAAAAAUUGAUUUGAAAAUUAAACCAGUCCACUAAUCAGAAAAAAUAACAAAAAUGUAGUAGUCGGACAAAAAAAAACCCAAAAAUAACAAGUGGAAAUCAAACGAAAAGUAUUAUAAAGUCCAAAAUAAAUACAUAAUCUCACAACACGGAAUUUUCAACAAGUUUUAUACACGGCAACAUAAAAUUUUCUAUUAACCGAAAACGAAAGAAUAUAUAAAUCGCAUAAUUAACUUUAAAUUAAUCCAUAUUGUACGAAGUAGAACCGUAGAAUAUAGUAAUUUAUUAACGAGUACUUACCAGCAAACAUCCACAAUAUAUCACGCCAAAAAGUAGACUAUAGAAACAGCAUUUAGCAAAAUCAACAACAAUUCACCAGAAUAACCGCUUCAACAAUUAAUCCACACAACCUACAACAAUCGAAACAAAAUGCCAUCAUCGACGGGAGUAUUGGUAUUGCUGAUCCUGUGCCACCUGAGCCAGGGCCAGGUGCGAAACGAGGAUCAGCUAAUGAUGGUGGGCCAGAAUGGCGAUCUGGACAGCAGCAAUCCCUCCAUUCCACACCACCAACAGCCGCCACAUCAACAGCAGCACCACCAGCAACAGCAGCAGCAACAUCAUCAGCAACACCAACAGCAACACCAGAGCAAUCACAACCUGAACAGCACCUUGCUGAACACCUUGAUGGGUGGCGGCAGUGCUGGUAUUUCCGGUGGCCAGGCGAACGGCUCACCCGGAGGAGGAGGCGGCGGCGGUGCCAUGAUCAACCAACUAAGCGGCAGUAGCAGCACCUCGAGCUCCCCCUCGGCUAUGGGAGUGCCCGGAGGAUCUGGCCUAAUGCCUCCUUGGCACUCUGGCAUGGGAAUCGGAGGAGUUCCAGGAAACGGAAUGGCCAUUCCAACGUCCCACAACCAUGGAUCGAAUAUGGGCCACGGACAUGCCCUGGCCGGACUGGCAAACCUGGGAAUAAUAGUUCCUGGAACCAAGGUACUACCCGGCAAUAUGGGUUACGGCGGAGUCGGAGUUGGCGGAAUGGGAAUGGGCAUGGGAGUCGGAGUUGGAGUCGGAGCAAACUCUAAUAACAUGGAUAUGCAACAAGGCCUGUACAAUGAACACUUCAUCUCGGAGCACACAGUGAUGGCAGUGUUUACCUCCCAGGGACAGGUGGGUGGACCCUGUCGGUACAUGCCUGCCACCCGGCAGCAGAACCACCAGUGUCGAAAGGAAACAGGACUACCAGGAACCUUGAGCGAGGCACGUCGUCUGGCCACCACCCACUGCGAGGAGCAGUUCAGGUACGAUCGCUGGAACUGUUCGAUCGAGACCCGUGGCAAGAGGAACAUCUUCAAGAAGCUCUACAAGGAGACGGCCUUCGUCCAUGCCUUGACAGCAGCCGCCAUGACCCACUCCAUAGCCAGGGCCUGUGCCGAGGGUAGGAUGACCAAGUGCAGUUGCGGGGCCAAGAAGCACAACCGGGAGGAGCAGGACUUUCAGUGGGGCGGAUGCAAUGAUAAUCUCAAGCAUGGAAAGAGGGUAACGAGACGCUUUCUGGACUUGCGCGGCGGCGAUGGAGACGAAGUCAGUGAGAUAUUGCGACAUGACUCAGAGGUUGGCAUUGAGGCCGUCUCCUCGCUAAUGAUGGACAAGUGCAAGUGCCAUGGCGUUUCCGGUUCCUGUUCGAUGAAGACCUGCUGGAAGAAAAUGGCCGACUUUAAUGCUACGGCCACACUAUUGAGACAGAAGUACAACCAGGCCAUUCGCAAGGCUCCUAAUUUAAGGACUAUGCGUCAGGCUCCUUCGAGUCGCAUGAGAAAGCCCAAACAGCGACGCAAGAAACCACAACAGUCACAAUAUACGACGCUGUAUUAUUUGGAGACCUCGCCCUCCUACUGCUCGGUCACCAAGGAUCGCCAGUGUCUGCAUCCCGACAACUGUGGUACCCUGUGCUGUGGGCGUGGCUGGACCACGCAGGUGUUCAAGGAGGUGGAGAAGUGCCGCUGUCGAUUCAACAACGGACGCUGUUGCCAAUUAAUCUGCGACUAUUGUCAGCGGUUCGAGAAUAAAUACUUUUGUAAAUAGACGGCCACACUACUCAUCCAUCUCUCUAUCUCUGUCUCCGUCUGAACGC